CCAUGACAGGACAGUGCUACGCGCCUUUUCUAAUCGGACACACAGUCUCGAGUGACCCCGACCUUGACAUGGCGCUAGGAAAAAAACUCUGCGCUCCACCUGGUGUAGCUCUUUAUCGAGCCGGUCUAGCUAUACGAAGUCAAUCUCUGUCGAUCUCCGACAUGCUCAACAUGAUGCAACCUUCAACUGGAGAUCUAUUUAAUGAUACGUUUCACCCGUUAAUUGAUCAGAGCGACAACGAAGCUCAAAUGAAAAUACUGAAAAAGCACUAUUUGGAUGAAUUCUCGAGACGAUCGAUCGACAUGGUUUUGAAAGAUUACAGUGACGAAUCUGUAAUUUACGAAGUUUUGGAUAACAUCCCUACAACCUAUCAUGGCGAACAAGGGGCCCGACGAAUGUUAAAUCGGAUUACAGGACUUGCCAAAGACGUGGACUUACACCACAUAUCCGUCAAUCGGAAUCAUGCGCAAGUCUUCUGGACAGCAAAUAUGGAUUCGCGUGACGUCAUUCAUGGAACAGAUUCAUUCGAGUUCGACAAAGAUAAUCGCAUCAAAGCACAAACCAUUGUGGCUUUGACCAUCAAACAAGAUGGAAAAUGACAAGAACCGUAUGUGAGUUGGGAUGUGAUCUCAAGAGUGAAAACAAUCAGUAGCAAGAAAAUGUACCGAUCCCAGCAAAGAGCGUCAGUCAGGUUUUGCCCUACUACUAAUUUCCGACUACAAAUACUUUCUUGAUGAUAGCGGCCUCUUUCGUGCGAGCAGAUUCUACUUAUCCGGAAUGGACUACGUUAGAAAGCCUUUCAUCUUUGUGAGAUAGCUCUAGAAACGGUGAAGUUAGCUUUUAGUA